GUGACGUAGCGCGGCCUAGUCGUCCCGUCCUGUGCUGAGCGCGCUUUCUGUGCGGCGUGUUGUGGUUGUGUGAAGGCGCCAUGGUGAAGCUCACGGCAGAUCUCAUUGAGCAGGCGGCUCAGUACACGAAUGCGGUGCGGGACCGGGAGCUGGACCUGCGGGGUUAUAAAAUCCCAGUGAUUGAGAAUCUUGGGGCCACACUGGACCAGUUUGAUACCAUAGAUUUUUCAGACAAUGAGAUCAGGAAGGUGGAUGGAUUUCCUCUGCUGAAGAGGCUUAAAUGCUUACUACUAAACAAUAACAGAAUAUGCCGCAUUGGAGAAGGACUUGAACAUGUUAUACCUAAUCUCACAGAGCUGAUCCUCACAAAUAACAGUAUUCUGGAACUGGGUGACUUGGAUAAUCUGUCAACACUGAAGAAUCUCACUUAUCUCUGUUUAUUAAGAAAUCCAGUCAUUAACAAACGACAUUACAGAUUGUAUGUCGUUUUCAAGGUACCACAGGUCCGUGUGCUGGACUUCCAGAAAGUCAGACUAUCAGAGCGAGAGGAAGCAGCGAGUAUGUUCAAGGGCAAGCGGGGUGCACAGCUUGCAAAGGAUAUUGCCAAGAGAUCAAGAACAUUCACGCCCGGUGCAGGUUUACAAGCUGAAAAGAAGAAAUCUGGCCCUUCACCCAGUGAUGUUGAAGCCAUCAAGACGGCCAUAGCCAAUGCUACAACCCUAGCAGAAGUGGAGAGGCUCAAAGGUUUGCUGCAGUCUGGUCAGAUUCCUGGCAAAGACCGUGCUCCAGGCACUGAUGUGUUCAUUUCAGAGGAAGCAGAAGAGGAGAUGGAUGAAGACACAAUUGUAAAUGGGUCCUGAGCUGUGAUGUCCCACUGUAAAUUUUAUUUCAAUAAAUGUUUUUGUAUAUCAGUUGAAUGUUACCAUACUGCCUGAGUGUGUU